AUGGCUACCGCGAAUAACUCAUCAUCAGCGACAUGCUCGCGAGUUUGGGCAAUCAAGGAGCUCUGCGACAACAUCCUACUCCAGCUGCCACUCAGAGAGCUUCUACUCGUAAGGCGUGUUUGUAAGGGCUGGCGUGACUCCGAAGAGGUCGCUGAGGCCGUCUUCCUCCGACCGACCGACACGCGCAUCUUCUACACAGGAUAUGGUUGGUGGAAGAUGGGCACCAACGAGACAGCAACAGGACCGCUCACCAACCAUCCUAUCCUCAACCCAUUCCUGUCGGGCUUCUAUAAGCAACAGGCAGUAGGCCGGACCUCGAUUCUCGAGCGUGGUCUCCUUACAGAGAUCUACCUCCCAUCGAAAAUGCAGCUCACGCAGCCGGCUACUACAGAAGUGCAGUUCACCUGCAAAGGAUUCCAAGUAUCGUGCGACCGGAACACGUACGAUACUACCCACGGAGGCUACGUUCCCGUUGACACCCACGGCGAGAUCUAUCACAUUCGAAACGUGGAGGGCAUCACUGUGGGCGACCUGAUCAACUUGUUCGAGAUGCACUACUACGAUGAUCCUGAGUGUGGUCACUUUCCUGACGAGUGGGAUGCCGAUUGGGAACCCGAGAGAAAGUGGUUCUUCGACGGCAUCAACAACACUCGCAUCAUGUCGUCCUCUGCUAGUGGUCAAGAGAUCCUAGACGAGAUCACGGCCUCCAUCAGAGCACCUGCGCGGGAGCAGACUCGAGAACAGCCGAGCGAGGAAUGA